UCAUACAUUAUUUAACGUUCAACGUAUUCGAACAUGUUCAAGUUUUUGGUAGCAAUUGGAUUGCUGAUCCUUGCAUAUAACUCAGCUGAAGCCCAAAAUGCACCAGCUCUAUGUUCAGAUUCGCCCAGUAUGAAUUUUAAUGUUACACAGAUGAGUGGAGUGUGGUGGGAAGUGGCUCGAAAACCAUCACUACCUGUUCUUGCUUGCGUAAAAGUAAACUUUACAGAGAUACAACCGGAAAAUGUCUUGGAAAUAGCCACUACAAAUAUAGUUUCAAGCUCUUAUUUGUGGGUUAAUCAGACCAUGUACGCCAAUAUAUCAUUGGCAAAUGAUAAUGGUAAUAGUAAUGGCUACAAUAUUUCCUAUAUUGAUGGAAUCAGCACCACUAAAUAUACCGUCUAUAAACUCUUGAAUACCGAUUACAAAAACUAUGCUUUGUUUUGUGGCUAUACAAACGCCACCAAUAAUGCAACGUCUUUCGGCAUAAUACUGACACGUGAACGUUAUCCAAAUGCGACACAACUCACUGAUAUAGAAGAGACUGCCUCUUCUCAAUAUUCGAAUUUCGCUUAUGGUUCGCUGCCAUUGGUUACGCAAUCGCCAACAUGUUAUGCCGCUGGUGCUGCAACUCAAUACUCAAUGUUUGCGACAAUAUUUGUAUUUUUAUAUGCCAUUCUGAUUUAUGGCAUCUGAAGAGGCCAUAUUGUGAAUGUUAACAAACAAAUAAUAUCAAUAAAUAGACACAUAG